AUGUCGAAACCAGAAACACCUUUUGGCAAACAAUUUCGUGCAAAAUACUUUACCAAUCUUGAUAAGGAUGUUUAUCCUGUCAAUCAUGGCUCUUAUGGUCUCUCGCCAGCUCCAGUACAGGAAAAGUACAUUGCUGCAAUCAACAAGAAUACUCGGUACCUUGACCGAUUUUACAAGGUGGAACAAAAGCAACUAUACAUUGCUGCAUUGAAAGUGAUUGCAAAAGUAUUGAAUUGUGACUAUCACAAUUUGGCAAUCACCGAUAAUGCAACCACUGGUGUCAAUACUGUGUUGAGAAGUUACCCUUUUGCUAAAGGUGACAGUAUUGUUAUUCAAAGCACAGUUUAUGGAUCAUGUGGUAAUACUGUCAAGUUCUUGAAGGACAACUAUGACAUAGAUUACCACAUUGUUAAUGUAAACUAUCCAACUACGAAUAAGGAAAUUGUCGACUUAUUUGACAAAAGGUUUAAAGAGGUUAAACCAAAAUUAUGUUUGUUUGAUGUUACUACAUCAAUGCCUGGUGUUAUAUUCCCUUACAAAGAGAUGGUCAAGUUGUGUAAAGAUUAUAAUGUGUUGUCCUUGGUUGAUGGGGCCCAUGGUAUCGGAAGUAUUCCUCAAGACCUUGGUUCGCUCGAGCCAGACUUUUACGUUUCCAAUUUGCACAAAUGGUUUUAUGUGCCUCUUGGCUGCUCAGUAUUGUAUGUUGAUCCUAAACACCAUAAAAAUGUCCAUACUUUACCUAUAAGUCACUCAUACUUGCCAGCCACUGCUGAGUUAUCGGCUGAAGAUGAAAGAAAUAGAUUGAUUGAUAGGUUUUUCUUUACUGGUACCAAAAAUCUUGCUUCGAUUCAAGUGAUCCCUGAUGCAUAUGAAUUUAGGGAAAACGUAUGUGGUGGUGAACAAGCCAUUUACGACUACUGUCAUAAUUUGGCUUUGACGGUGGGUGAUGUUGUUUCCAAAAAAUGGGGUGGAACUCAAGUAUUGGACCAAAUGGGUGGUGUGACACAAAUUGGUACCAUGGUAACCAUUGAGAUACCUACCAAGGGAUUCCCCUCUAUAGUUGAAAAUUGGUCAAAAUUGGAUGAAGUAGUGUACAAGAGAUGCAUUGAAGAUUACAAGGCCUAUACGCCUUGUGUUGUUCAUAACGGCAAGUUGUGGGCUAGAUAUUCGUGUCAAGUAUAUAACGAGUUGGAGGAUUAUGAGUUCGCUAGUGACGUUUUGCUCAAGGUGUUGAAGGAAGUUGCUAAGGAGCACAAUCUCUUAGUUUAA